AUGCCUGCAUGUUUUUCCGUGAUCAUUUUGAGACUCUUAGCAAAAUCGUGGGCUAAAUUUUACUUGAUUACAAUUCUCAGGUUCGUGAAACCAGACGAAGUCGCAAAACUUUGGGGACAGAUGAAACAGAACGAGAACAUGACCUUCGAGAAGUUCAGUAGGGCAAUGAGAUACCACUAUCGGCAAUCGGUUCUGGUUUCCGUGCCCACUGCACGCCUCGUCUACCAAUUCGGCCACAAGGGUCCAGACUUCAGGACUGAUAAUCCAAAUUUUAUUAAAGUGAAGUCUGAAUUAGAUGUUCAUGAUAUGAAUUACUCAAACUCUUAG